AUGAGGCGGGCGCUGAGGGGGGCGGCGCGGGCCUGGCCGUGGGGCGGGCCCGGGCCGGAGCGGAGGCCAUGGCGGGGCCGUUGCCGGGGCCGGGGCCGGGGCGGGGGGAGCCCGGCCGCCGUCCGGCCGCGGGAGGGGCCGCCCUGGAGGGUGCUCUUCUUCGGCACCGACGCCUUCGCCCGCGACACGCUGCGGGCCCUCGGCCACGCCAGGGUGAACGAGGAAGACCAGCUGAUCGAGAAACUGGAGGUGGUCACGUUGCCCUCCGGCUCGCCCAAGGGACUGCCAGUGAAAAAUUACGCCGUCCAAGCCCGGCUUCCGGUCCACGAGUGGCCCGACGUGGGCUCGGGGGAGUUCGACGUGGGAGUCGUGGCUUCCUUCGGCCGCCUCCUCGGCGAGGACCUCAUUCUCAGAUUCCCGUAUGGCAUAUUGAACGUGCAUCCCAGUUACCUCCCGAGGUGGCGAGGUCCCGCCCCCGUCAUCCACACCGUUCUCCACGGAGACACAGUCACCGGCGUGACCAUUAUGCAAAUAAAACCUAAAAGGUUUGACGUCGGUCCGAUCAUCAAGCAGGAAUCCAUCGCCGUCCCUCCCCUGUGCACGGCCAAGGACCUGGAAGCCAUAUUGUCGAAGCUGGGGGCUACCGUGCUUCUUUCGGUUUUGAAAAACUUGCCCGACAGUUUAAAGAAUAAAAGGCAGCAGCCAAAAGAAGGAGUGACACUGGCGCCCAAGAUCUCCGCAGCCCUGAGGUGCGUAAACUGGGAGGAGCAGACCCCGGAGCAGAUUUUGCGGCUGCAGCGGGCCGUCGGCUGCAUCAUGCCACUGCAGACGGUCUGGAUGGAUAGUACCAUCAAACUUCUGGAUUUGGUGGAUGUCCACGACCACCCAGCUCUCGCCGAUCAGAAAUUAUCGGGACAGGAAGUCCUUCCAGGAUCCCUGACGUACCACAAACCAUCGCAGACGCUGCUCGUUCGUUGCAAGGGCGGCUGGGUCGGCGUCCGGGCCGUGAUCCUGAAGAGGAAGCUGACGGCCUCCGACUUCUACAACGGAUACCUGCACCCCUGGUUCCAGCAGAAUCCCCAGGCCCGGCCCGGGGCCUGCCGUUUCCGGACCCUCAAACUCCAGCCGAAGCAGAGGCUGCAGGGAGAACCAGAGUUGUUGCUGUGCAACAGUGUAUUAAGUAUAUAGGGAAAAAAAAAAUUUUUUAAAAAAAGACCCCUCACGCACGUGACUUCCUGGAAACCUCAUUUCAAGGUGUUGGAUGAACGUCGGCAGCCUCUUGGGACCCAGAUCCAAUCUACUUCCGGGCAGAUCUGUUUGCUAAUUGGUUUUUUACCAGAGUAACAUUUUAGCCCUUAAAACAACCCGGGCCCGCUUUAAUAAGAACGAAGGACAGUACUUGUGUGAUUGAGCGGGAAAUAAACCUAAUUUUAUAUAAAAGGGA